AGUGCUUGGACCUCGCCACAUGAUUGCAUGUUUGCGCAAUGAGUCAGGCCCGGGUGGGAACCCCGCAACCAACGAAGGUCUUUCUCCUACUCAUACUAAACCCGCUGUCUCUUUAGGUCAUCGGUUACGGAUGAUGGAUGAUAGUUCAUGCACAUCGUUCAGAACCGAUGCACCUUUUUGUUGUGCAUAGUGCAGUACUUGACCUACACGCCAACAGCAUUUGGGGAUGCGCAAUUUUGAGCGAUGUAUGGGAAGUGCAUUUUUAAACCGUUCUAAGCUUCUUCUCGUUGGUUCCCAAAUAAUAUGAAUAAGUAAUUGAGGGAGAUUUGAAUGCUUAUUACACAAAGGCAUCGAUGUUUUGCCUUCGUAUUUAAUAAGGAAAGCAGCUUUGAGUAAACAGACGCGCCACCAUUUGCUUUCUUUCUCACGCCAAUCGGUGAGAAACUACCCAUUUUCCAAAUUAUAUCUUUCUUCGGUCUUCAAACGAUGAAGAGCUUCAGGAAGGAGGACUCUCUUUACUAUAAAAGGCACCAUCCAAAGCAUUAGGCAACGUUAGUGGUGCAAAGUCGUUGAAGGAUCUUACCUUUACUCCAAUGGACAAACCUCGAUAUCUUCAACUUCUUGUACAAAGUUUAAUAGUGCUGAAAGUGCUAACCGUUAGCAAUGGUACUCCUCAAGCAACUGCUGUUAACCCAUUGUCCUCCCAAACGCAAACCGAUCAACGAAUUGCCGCCGUAAGAGAUUUAUUAGUACAUCUGGACCGAGCCCACCAGCUGCUCGUGCUGACCUGCUGGUCACCUUCCGUUCGGUAUGCGCUUUGGCAAAGCGUACGCGAAUCAACUGCCACCUCGCACCGUGGAACUGCUUCCGUUCGCUUCGCUCCAAUCGAUCAGCGCCAUCUUCCCUGGCACGAUCCUAAUCAGCAUCAAAUCGUGAUCGUACUCGAUCUAUCCUGCCCCGGCACGGAUCGAUUGCUCGAAAGUGCACGGCAGCUGCUUUACUACCGCGUACGGUGGAUCGUGUUCCGAAGCAGCAUUGAGCAUCCGGGAGGAUCUGUGCGGGGUUGGAGCAAUUGUAGCGAGUAUUCGGUGCUCGAUCGGCUACCGUUGCUGGUCAGCAAUGAGCUGUUUUACUUCUGCACGGAAACGAGCACCGGUCAGCAUCUGGUUAGGCAACAGUAUCGUCUGGCGGCGAGGUCGGCGAGCUCUUCGGUGCCGAUCUACGAAACGUUUGGCACUUGGAAUGCAGCACUGGGAGUACGGGUGGUGGUUGAUUCUAAAGUACGACCACUGGUGACGUCGAUAAGGAGGCAAAAUUUCCACAAAUUUCAGCUGCGCGCUUCUCUCGUCAUACUGCACAAUGAAACGCUGAACCAUUUGGAUGAUCUUCACGAUAAACACAUCGAUACAAUAUCGCGUGUGAACUAUCUCCUCACAAAGUCGGUCGCCCAUGCACUCAACGCAACGGUCAAGUUCAGCAUCGUAGACACGUGGGGCUAUCGGGAUCGGGAAACGGAUCGCUAUAACGGCAUGAUCGGUGAGCUGCAGCGCGAUCUGGCCGAUCUGGGUGGUACGUCCAUGUUUUUUACCCAGGACCGUAUCAAGGCGGUCGAUUUCCUUUCGAUGACCGCUUCGACGCGGGCCAGCUUUAUAUUUCGUGCCCCGAAGCUUUCCUUCACCAACAACGUGUUUGUGCUGCCGUUCGAUCAGUACGUCUGGUACUGUACGGUCAGCUUCAUCGUGCUGUCCGGCGUACUGCUGUUGGUGAUGUUACGCACCGAGCAGCGUUACAAUGCAGGAGGAGGAAGAGGAGGAAGUGCAAUCGGUAGCAACAGCCCCGCCGCCGUUACAGGGUUAUCCGAUACGCUGCUCAAUGUGUUCGGUACCACCUGCCAGCAGGGGUCGUUUAUCGAACCGCAAACGGCACCCUCGAGAUGCCUGAUACUGCUGUGCCUGGUGGUGCUGAUGUUCCUUUAUGCCAGCUAUUCGGCAAACAUUGUCGCCCUCAUACAGGCACCUUCCACCAAGAUACAAACGCUGGAAGAUUUGCUGGCAUCGAGAUUAAAAACUGGCGCCGAGGAUACCGUUUACAAUCAGUACUACUUUCGGACGGAAACGGAACCAAGCCGGAAGGCACUUUACGAGCGCAAAAUGCGCAACAAAGAUGGGACGGAAAACUUUCUCCCCCUCGCACAGGGCGUCGAGCUGAUUCGACAGGGCCACUACGCGUUUCACGUCGAGAGGGGCGUUGGCUACAAGCUGAUCAGCGAAACGUUUCAGGAGGAGGAAAAGUGUGGCCUGCAGGAGGUAGAAUAUUUGAAGGUGAUCGAACCGUACUACGCGGUACAGAAGAACAGCUCCUUCCGCGAGCCGGUACGUAUAAAUUUGUUUAAAUUGCGCGAGUUCGGAAUACAGGGCCGGGAGCAUACGCUGCUUUACACCAAGAAACCACGGUGCGUUGGGGGCAGCAGCUUCAUACCGGUGUCGAUUGUGGACGUUUGGCCCGCACUGGUGACGCUGGGCUGGGGUUACCUGCUUACGGUAGCGGUGCUGAUUGCCGAACUGCUGUGGUUUCGGUUGCGUUCACGCAUCUUGCCAACGGCCGGAUACUUUCAAUAGGAAGUAAAAAAACGCUGCACUUUUC